CAUAUUUUUGACUACUGUAUUCACAAAUACAAGGUGUUUAUUGGAGAUUAGAAAAUAUUAGAAUCUGCUCGAACCAGAAAUGUUUUUAUUUUCUAGUACCUUCAACAGGGCCAAUAAUGUUAGUUCCUAUUUAUUUUCAUUGAAUUCAUGUGAUAUAGCCUUAAAUUAAAAUGAAUACGACAGAAUUAUAGUAGCUUCAGGAAACAUUUUCGAACGCCAUCUUGCCUCUUAACUGCUAAAUAGUUGUUCUGUGAAUGCGUUUGUCAUAAGUGGAUUGUGUUAUUUUCUUCUCUAUUUGAGUUGUAAUUCUAUAAUUGUAUUAAAUUUUAAGUGAUCGACAAGGUGAGGGAAUGCGAACUGUUAUAAGCGUCCGUUGUUUUGCAAAUUAAUCAGGAAACUUUCUGUUUGCUCACGCACGAACGAACGGCUGUGGCAUAUCAUGAAACAUAGAGUUCUUUCUUUAGUGCAGGCUAGUCUAAUCUUUUCUAAAUCUUAAAUUUCAUAAUAAUAGACUAUAAGUCCUCGUGCGUAAAGAAAUCAGUGGUUUUCUUUAUAAGGGGCAUAAUUUUUUAAUAAUAACAGAUGUCGGUAUUCGUUUGAAAUGUAAUUUUAUAAUUCAGAGAAAAUCAGAACAUUCGGGGAUAUCUUGUAUCUCAUAAAUAAUCGUCUAGUAAUUUGAAUAGAGACAAGAAAUAAAUCGUGUUUUGAUUGACGGUCAUGCACGAACAAUAGUGUGCAGCAGACUAUUGUGCGCGAAUGAUGACGUUUUUCCUUGAAGAAGUACGCAUAGAGGAUUGUUUCCUGUUUGUAUGACGUUUGCUGCUUUCAUAAGUCUAUUGGAUCAACACUAAUUACGGUAGCAGCAGCCGAACGAAGUAUUGAAACACGCGAGUGACUUGAUAGUGAGAGGUCGUAAAGAGAAGAAACUUUUUUUUAUAUUCGAUACUAAGUACGUUCUACGUUAAUACUUCAGAAAGGCAGCAGUUUUAUAAAGGAACUAAUUUUGUUAUUCAAUUUUAGGGUUUUAUUCUGAUUUGGAGAAUUUGGGAGUUUUCUAUAUUUCUGGACAAGACGUAGUUUCAUCAACACCAGCGGCGAAAUUUGACAUGCCAACAAUGGCUAUGCAAAAGAUGAGAAGACAAGGCCAAGACGUUAUGCAAAUGAAUCUAGCAGGUAUUAGGCGAGAUAUUGUAAACCUUGCUCAUAAUUAUAGCAAUGCACAGAAAGCUGUAAGAAAAGCUACCAGUAAUGAUCCUUGGGGUCCAAGUAGUACUCUUAUGGCAGAAAUUGCUGAUUUGACAUAUAAUGUUGUGGCCUUUACUGAAAUUAUGCAAAUGUUAUGGAAAAGACUCAAUGACCAUGGUAAAAAUUGGAGACAUGUUUACAAAGCUUUGGUUCUUUUGGAGUACCUUAUUAAAACUGGUACAGAAAAAGUGGCACAACAAUGUAAAGAAAAUAUUUUCGCCAUUCAAACAUUGAAAGAUUUUCAACACAUGGAAGGACAUAAAGAUCAAGGUAUUAAUGUGCGAGAAAAAGCAAAACAGUUAGUAGCCUUAUUAAAAGAUGAUGAAAGAUUAAAAAAUGAAAGAGCUAGAGCAUUGAAGGCCAAAGAGAGAUUCGCUCAAACAGUUAGUGGUUUUGGAAGUGAUGGUUUAGAUACCAUGUCACCUGUAAGCAGUGAUUUUCAAGAUUGGGAGCCUUGCAAUUUAACCGAAUCAGCAUCACGACCUGAAUUAGAAGCAGCUAGACCACAAACAGUGGGUGAAGAAGAAUUACAACUACAGCUAGCACUUGCUAUGUCAAGAGAAGAAGCAGAACAAGAGGAGCAACGACGGCGAAGUGACGAUGUUCGACUACAAUUAGCACUUAGUCAAAGUCAGCAGGAUUUUAAAGCACCACAAAUUGAAAAGCAAAGUCAUAUGCUUGAUCUACUAGAUGUAAAUCUAGGUGAAGCAAGCGGCUCUUCUGCGCAGAAUGAUCCUUGGAGUAUUCCAGUUACAGCUCCACCUCCAAGACCUCAGUCCUUGGAUUUGUCUCAAUUUCGUAAAUGUAAGACUCAAAAUGAUCCUUGGAAUGUACCAACAACAAGCAAUAAUUCACCUGCAAUAGAUCCAUGGGCUCCUGUUACAUCUCAAAAGCAGGUUGUUGCUAACGAUCCAUGGAAAGCACCUGCUCCAUCUCCAGCAACAAUAGUGACUCCUCGCACAGCAGAUCCUUGGUCGCCAAUACCAUCUGUUAAUGAGUCAGAAACAUCUAAAGUAGAGGCUCGUCAAGAUAAAACAUUAUCUACAUCUCCAUCUUUCAAUAAUCCUACUCUGACUCAAAAUAUUGGUUAUGCGGCACAAUCACCACAAAACAUCGGUUUUAAUUUGCCAAAUUCUUCAAAUGCUGCUUUUGGUACCAUAAGUAAUGGUUUUAAGGAUCCUGGCUCUACUUUUAACAAUUUUCCUUCUCAAACUCAUGGUAGUUCCGCUGCAAGUCCAUUGGGCGAGCUUGAUGAAUUUGAUGUAAUCAGUCAGAGGAACAAACUUGGAACUGGCUCACAAACUACAAAUAAUGGAGCUAUAUUGUCUUCAGAUCCAUUUGAUUUAGGUGGCAUAGGUGAAUCUCUACCACAAAAUACUGGUGCAAUAAAAAAGACACCACAAUCUUUUCUUGGUGAAAAUUCUGCUCUUGUAAACUUGGAUAAUCUUGUCAGCACCUCUACGAUUAAAACAGUAACUCCAACACCAACAGUGCCCGUAUCAUACUCAGCGAAUCCAUUUGCGACAACAGCGGCAUCAUCUCAUGCCCCAAUUAACCAGAUUCGACAGGACCCUUGGAGUGUAAAUACUAAUGCUAAAGCUAAUCCAUUUCUAUCGUAGCCUGAUAAAAAUUAUUGAAAAGUUAGCUGAAACCGCUAUUACUGCAGCGAAUACAAUAGUAUUUCAGAUUUUAUUAGUAACCCUGUACGGUAUAAGUUUAAAUAUAGAGUAAAUUAUGAUAUGAGUUGCAGAUGCAGAAUAUAGAAGAAGCAAGCAAUAGAAAAAAUUUUAUUGUUGAUAACUAAAAACAUUAUUGAUACUAUCGAAAUGUUUUAAGUAAAAAAUCUAAUUAUUGACAUACUUUUAUGAUUGCUGUUUAUAUUUAUUCAUAAUACUUUCCAUAACAUGUGUAAUUGUCAGUUAUAAAUGAUUUUAUUGUGGCUAUAUCAUUUGAUAAAUUAUUUCACAAAAGAUUUUAAAUGCUAGAAGAAAAAAAUAAUAUGAUAUAAUAUUUUAACUUGAAAUGCUUAAAAGCUCCCAAGGUAAAAACUAGAUUUUAUACAUACUCUUUUCAUAUAUAGAAUAUUUUUUAAGUAUGAAUUCAUUCUCAGACAAAAAUUGCUCACCAAUAUAUUCUUUGGGUAAAAAUGUAAAAUGAUAAUGAUAUCGAGAUCAUUUCAUUUAUUUUGUAUUUAUAUACGUGUUUUCUAUAGUAAAUGAGAUCGUGAGACUGUAAUCGUAAUUUGCAAAAAUAGAUUAUAUCGAACAGGGUUCAGUUUAAGCCAGUCUUGAAUGUUAUAUGGAUUAUGAUCUAUAAAAUUCAUAUUGUGGCUUGCUUUUUAGCAAUAAGAAAUCAAGAAUACAAAUAGUGCCUGUGUUAAAGAUGUGUGCGCAUUUAUUGUUAAAUAUGAUCAGCCGUGUGCUAGUAAUUUUAUACAAUAUCUAAUACAUCACACAGUACUUGUUAAAAAUAACAAAAAUAUCAUCAUGUUCUGUAAUCAUGGUAAUAUACAUCAGUUUUUAUAUUUUCAAGCUUUAUACACCUUGAUUAAUGAGUAAAUAUACACGUCAAGUAUACUGUUUAUGAUUCCAGUAUGAUGAUAAUGGCAUACAUCUGUUUUGUGCAAAGUAAUCUUACAAAAAUAAGAACUAAUCACUGCUAUUGAAAGUAAAACGUUUCAGCAACCAGUUGCAGGUGAUUAUUAGUAUAGCAAUUAUCAGGCAAUUUUAUAACUACAAAAAUUUGCAAAUUUGUUAUGAUGAGAAUAUAUAUUUAUUCAUUUAUUCUAUCUCACGACGUGAUGCAAUUUGCGUUUUCUUACGCAUUAAAAUAUUUACUAUUGUACCUUAAUUCAUGUAAAACAAAUUAUAAAUAUGUUAUGCUAUACUGUUCCACGAUCAAAUUCUUUUCUUUGAAAGUUCUAUGAACAUAAGUUAUCAUUAAUAUUAAUGUGGAAGUUUUUUUUAAUACUUAACCACAUAAGUUUUUGCAGAAGAAUUUGCUGAGUUACAUUAAAAAUAUAUUAUUUAUUUUUUUUAUAAUAAUUUAGUUGUGUCACAACAGUACAUGAAGAACCAAUAUUGUUAUUUAAUUUAAAUAAGAAAUAAAACGUGAAAAUGUUUUUAUUAAUACUUGUAUAUAGACAUAGAUUGUUUUAUGAUUUUUAUGUUUAAUUCAUCAUACUUUUAAAGAUGGCAUUCCACCUUUGUGUGAACUUGGCAUUUCUUUUUCAAAAACUAUGAUAUGAUUUUUCUGAUUUUACACAAAGAUGAUACAUUUUUUAAAACUGUAUGUUACAAAUUGGUAAAGCAUACUAAAUGCAGAAUUACAUCAUAAAUGACUUAUUUUAAAUAAGUUAGAAAUACUUGCAUGUUGCACAGAUUUCUGACUUUUAAUUAAAUAAUACUAUUGUGCUAUUCAAUAUUAAGUCAAUAAUUUUUUAGUCUCGUGCAGUUUUAAACAAAUUUGCUUGUACCAUAGAAUUUGUAUAUUUAAUAUCUAUUUUUCCAGAAGUUCGUUAAAAGAUGAAGUAUUCGUAAAGUAUUUUAAAAAUUAUUUUGAAAAAUGAACUAUAAAAUUCUUUUCAUACAAUA